AUGAGUUACCAUAAUAAUUCCAAGGCUCAGCCAGCCCAAGUUGUUGCUCCCCCUCCUCCUCCUCAAGGUUAUGGUGAUUAUCCUCCACCGGGGUAUCUGGCACAGGGGUAUCCUCAGCCUCCUCAGCCUCCUCUGCCGCCUCAAGUACUGUAUCAGCCUCCACCGCCGCCACCACAAUCAAAAUCCAAUGUUGGUUGUUUGGAAGCAUGUUUGACUGGUCUUUGUUGUUGCUGCUGCAUUGAGAUGCUUUGCUCAUGA